AUGGAUUCAGCUGCAAUUCAGCCUGUCGGUCCAAACCCAACCGAGGACAUUAGUCACGAGGAAAAGAAAAAACUGCUCCAACAGCAGCUCGUCCUUCUUCUGCACGCCUAUAAAUGCGCCAACAAAUCCACUGUAAGUGCAUUAUCGAAUAAUUUUCUGUCUUCUAUUCGGUCUGACAGAUACCUCUCUUGUUUCUGGAGGUUAUGUAAAAAUGAGUGCAUAGUCGGUGCAGAAUGUGUUUCAAUGAAGCAACAAUUUCGAAUUUUCGCUUUGUUUCAGAACAACGAGAACGCGGAGGACCAACAGCGUCGUCAGGAGUGCACAUUGCAACACUGUGCCACGAUGAAAGUCCUCCUCAACCACAUGAAAACCUGCGGCGACGUUGCCUGUGCCGGUGAGUAUUUUCAGAGUUUGAUGAGGGAUUCCGCUAUUUCCAAAGGUGCCUAUGUUUUUACAAUGAUCGACGCAGAAGUUCAGCGAGAUCAGGAAGUUUUCUAGGGUAUCGUUUUUCUACUGGAAAACCUUUCGGUGUGCGCGCGAAAAUUCUUUGUGUGCAUAAUAUGUAUCUCCUGAGCAAAUUAUCCGAUCGGUCUGAAACUUGGACUCGAAAUACUUCAAUGGAACUAUGUAUAAAAAACCUGUUAAGUUUGCUUCUGAUCGAAAUAUUGCUAGCGGUCCGAAAAUCCAGCUCUGGAAGAAUCUUUAGAGGCCCGAGCUGACCAAACCAUUGUUCUGAAAAUAGAAAAGAGUAAAAUGAAACUUCUGAACGUUUUCAGUGCCACACUGCAGCUCUUCUCGCAAGAUCAUCGCUCACUGGAAACUCUGCUCGUCCAACGCUUAUUGCCCGAUUUGCUCUCCGAUUCGCGACGCUCAAAACGCCCAGCAGCCUGCCGGUACGAUAUCGUUGUUUUUAAUUUUAUUUCUGUAUCGAGCACAUUUUUAGACGCGCAAAACGCCGAAAGCCAUGCCCACGGACCGCCCCAGUAG